AUGAAACUGAUAACAUUUGCUUUACUUAUUCUCCCAACAAUAUUUUGUGAAGAUGAAAAUAUUCAAAACGAUUUUUUAGAAUGGAAGAAUCGUUUUAACAAAACAUAUAAAAACGUCGAAGAGACAGAAAAAGCAUACAAAAACUUCAAGUUUAACAAAAAGAUCAUUGAUGCAGGAAAUGAAAAAUUUAUAAAGGGAGAAGCUUAUUUUCAUCAAAGUCUUAACAAGUUUUCUGAUCAACUACUUCAUCAAAGAAAACGAGCUAUGCGUGGUGUUGCUACCGUUACGACAGGUCAGUCAAUGAUGAGUGGACGAUCUUUCGGACCACCAAUCAAAAUGACGAUUCUAAAGCCAGGAACCUUUGAAUCGGCGCCACUUGUUUGGGAUUGGAGGCGUCAUAAUGGUGUGACACCUGUCAAAGAUCAAGGAUACUUUUGCAGUGGCUGUUGGGCAUUUUCAGGUCUUGGUGCUCUCGAGUCACAGUAUAAGAAAAAUUAUGGAAAAGAAUACAACUUCAGUGAACAACAACUUAUUGACUGUAAUCGACACGAAAUAACAGGUAACUGGGGAUGUGAUGGAGGCAACCAAGCAUCUGCUUAUAACUACAUUGGUAUCAAUGGGAUUGAACUAGCUGAAACGUAUCCAUAUAAAGAAGAAUUGCCACAUGAUGAUGCAUAUUCUUGUGGUUUCAAUAGUUCGAGAGCAGUGGGGCAAUUAUCAGGUUACUAUCGCAUCAGACCUGGAAAUGAAACAUUUUUGAAGGAAGUUGUAUAUUAUUAUGGCCCUGUGUCCUUUGCAUUUAAUGGUUUGUUGCCAACCUUUGCUUACUACGAGAGUGGGAUUUAUGAUGAUCCCAAUUGUGUCGAUGGUUUAAGUCACAGUGCAUUGAUUGUCGGGUUUGGAAGAGUAAACAUUGGUGGUCGAAUUAUUGAUUAUUGGAUUUGUAAGAACUCCUGGAGCACUGACUGGGGAGAAGAUGGAUACUUUAAGAUGGUCAUGGGGAAAAAUAUGUGUGGACUGACAAGAUAUUUAAUAGCACCAAAAAUUGAUUAAGAAUUGAUUUAGUAAAGUCUAAAAAUUAUUUUUUCUUUCCUUUAAAUGCAUGAGAUGAAAAAUUAAAUUUAUCAAAUAUAAAAAAUCUCAACUUUACGAC